AUGCUGCCUUCAGGUUCUCAGUCUUUGGGGACAUCAGAGUUAUUUCAGUAUUCGAUCCACGGGGGAAAUAAAAGGAGGACAGAUGGACUCGUCUGUAUUCCCCAAACUCAGAGAUCUGACAGUAAAUGUGCUUUACAUUCUCGUGUGCUCCUCUCAGUCACAUUUUCAGUUAGAGAGCUUCACAGUAACAGACAGGUUUUUUAUUUCACUGUAAGAAUGACAGAGAAGAUUCAGCAGAGUGUUUGUCGGCGUUUAUUCACUCACAUUCUCGCAAACCCUCGCCAUCGCUCAGUGCCUGUGAGGUUCAGGGACACCUGA